GGAUUCAGGGCAUUGGAUAGGCGAAGGCUCGGAUUUCCAGCUCGAACAAUGCUUUUCAUGGACAUGGUCUUUCUGGUUUCCCCGACUGUAUCUCCCUCUACCGUCUCCAUUGUUCGCAGCCACGGAGCGCGCGUUGUAUAUGCUUUCGACGACAGCGUCACUUGCGGUAUUCAAGCCGCUAGCGCGAUUGACGAGUCCCGCGUCGAGGGUCUUGAGGGGGGUAGCGACGGAGCACCAAGGGUGCAAAAUUAUUUGCUGCUAAUGCGGACGCUGGAUAACUUUCCGAGUGUGGACGAGAUUCGCAACAGCCGUCUAUUUAUUGUCUACGAGUGUUGGGUUGUGGAGAGUGCGCUGCAUGGCCACUGUCUGCCCUUGUAUCCGUGGGAUACGCAACGCGUGGCGUACCAUCCUUUCAGCAUGCGCGGCUUAUCGUUCACAACUAGCCAGCUUCCGAGGGUUAUAAAGGCGAACGUAGUCGCGGCUCUUCAGUACUGUGGAGCGCAUUACACGACACAUCUGGACGGUGACACACAGUUUGUGGUGCACUCAAAGUACCUGGGGUCGAGGGGCAUUGCUAGGCAGCGAUUACAGCCCGUUCAAGCGUCUACCACUUCUGAACUUUAUGAUGAGAUUUGUAUGAAGAAUCUGCCAUUGUUUCCAGCAAAAGCUUUAGUUAAGACGGAACGUUCUUCUGUGAGUCCUUUUGAGGUUUGUAAUCGUGAUGCUCUGCCCUACUUAUCAUCUAAGUCCUGCCGUAAACAUGAUAUUGCUAAAGUCGCUUACAUUCCUUGUGUGACGCCAGGUUGGGUAGAGUUGUGUGUUCGACUUGGUCGGCUCCUUCCUUUUUCAUCAGUGUACUCUUGCAAUUCCUUUAUCUCGUCUAUUCUUUGCUCUUCUUCGACAUUAUCACGUAAGCGCCAGCGUGAGUAG